UCAAACACUUUCUGGAGGCAGGGAAGUGAGGCAACUGACCGCGCCCGCGCGCGCAUUCGAAUGAUUCAAAAUCCCUUUAUCACUGCUACCCAAAUCGAUUCUACUCUAUCCCUCUUCAUGCAAAAAUGCAAAACCCUAAGCCACCUCAAACAAAUCCAUGCCCAUCUCCUCAAACUCUAUCUCCCCGAGAGCCCUUCCUCCAUCGCCCCGCUUCUAUCCUUUGCCGUCUCCUCCAAGAACCCAGCUUUCUUCUCGUAUGCGCGCGCCAUUUUUCAGAAUCUUCAAUUCCGAAGCACGUUCAUGUACAAUACCAUGAUCAGAGGAUACGUGCAAUCGCAUUUGCCGGUGCCCGCAAUUCUUUGUUACAAAGAAAUGCUCAGUUAUAAGCUUAUUGUGAAUAAUUAUACGUUUACACCCCUGAUCAAGGCCUGUUCUAUGGUCUUGGAUGAUUCUAAGGAAAUGGGUUUUUCGGUACAUGCCCAUAUAUUUAAACUUGGGUUUCAGCAAGAUCGUUUUAUUGCCAGUGCGUUGAUUGAGUUUUACUCGUUGGCUCUUGAUAUGAGGAAGGCCGGUAUGCUGUUCGAUGAAAUUCCUGAGAGAGAUGUGGUGAUGUGGACGACCAUGAUUGAUGGGUAUGGGAAAACUGGGGAGGUGAAUAAAGCCAGAGCACUGUUUGAGGAAAUGCCUGACAGAAAUGUGAUUUCUUGGAGCACAAUACUGGCGGCUUAUUCCCGGGUUAGUGAUUUCAAGGAAGUUAUGGUGUUAUAUAGGCAAAUGGAAGAGGUUGGUAUGAGGCCUAACGAGUCGGUGCUUGUGACUGCGGUCACAGCUUGUGCUCAUCUCGGCUCACUAGAGCAAGGCUUAUGGAUUCACUCGUUGGCCAAGCGGUAUGGAUAUGAUUCGAACCUCAUUUUAGCCACUGCAUUAGUGGAUAUGUACUCAAAGUGUGGUAGAAUGGACUUUGCUUUAUCUGUUUUCGAGGGGAUUUCCUGUAAAGAUACUGGAUCAUGGAAUGCUAUUCUAUCAGGAUUUGCAAUGAAUGGAGAUGCAGUGAAAUCCCUUCAUAUGUUUGAUAAAAUGAUGUCAACCGGGGCACGGCCAAAUGAGACCACAUUCACCUCCCUUCUCUCUGCCUGCACUCAUGCAAAGUUAAUAGACGAUGGCCUUCUGUUAUUUGAUAAGAUGAGUAGUGUUUAUGGAGUGAAACCAAGAUUUGAGCAUCACGCAUGCGUGGUAGACCUCCUAGCAAGAGCUGGUAACUUAGAGGAAGCCGAGAAAUUCAUUGAUGAGAAGAUGGGUGGAAUAGAAAAAUGCGAUCCCAAUGUUUGGGGCGCAUUGCUGAGCGCGUGCAGGGUAUAUGGCAAUGUUGAAAUUGGGAACAGGUUAUGGAGAAAACUUUGUAAUACAAGGGCAGCUAACUAUGGGACUCAUAUGCUUUCAUACAUAAUGUACAAGGAAGCUGGGUGGGAUGCAGAAGCUAAAAGUGUGAGACAAUUGUUAGAAGAUGCAGGAAUGAAGAAGAAACCAGGAUGCAGUUCCAUAGAGGUUAAUGGGUGUUGGGUAGAGGCCGGCAAAAGUUCAAGUCCAACAUUAGGUGUCUAGGGGAUCCUUAGGCGGAUGCCAGAAUGGUCAAGUCUAGCACUAUGCCUUUAAAAAAUGUGGCGGUAUAAGAAGACAAUAAAGUUACGCCUUCACUAGAGUCAGGUGCAAUGCUAGGGAAACGUGCAGCAUUCUUGAAUCUCUAGCAAUGUAAUGUAUCUCAAUAAAGAAAUUUCAGAAUUUAUGUUUACUCUUUGGUGUAUUUAUUA